CACACUGUUUGUAAAUUUUUUUUUGCAACGCAACGGGCUGGCGAAUCGCUGCUGAAAUUAAGCUAAAAACCGUGUAAUAAACCGCAGGCCGUGGCAAAACCAGCUCACCGAUGCCGAGACGCAGCAAAAUGUGAUGUUUGCCGGGUGCUGCAAACGCUCGGCGACCGCAAACGAAGUGCAAGACCUAAAACCUCUGACCCCAAGCGCGUCACCCAGCAGAAGGAUAGAGCGAGACGGACAGAUAGGAGUGACUGAGGCAGGGAGAAAAAACUAGCACUGGCCCCAAGACGUUGGAAUUUUGUGAAUUGUUGUUGCUGCAGCCCAGCAAUAACGGUACAGAGGACAACAGUAUCAGCAACAAAUACAACAAAAAGGAAUGACAAAGUGAAACCGACUGCGCUGCCCCACAAACUACGACAACAUUAAUAACAAUAAUAACAAAACGAAAUAGGAAGAGCAAAACUGUGAUCUCUGCUUAACUUUUUUUAUUUUUGGGGCAAUUGUUCAAUUUGGCUGUGCUCAAAAGUAAAUUAAGUCAACUCGUUACGCGUAUUUGCGGUGUUUGGCAACGCUUUUUCCAACCGACGACUGGAAAAUCAAUUCUUCGGAUUGCCAAAGGGGAACAACAACUAGCAGUUGUUGAAGUUUUCCUUUAUAUUUUUUGCGGCCCAGCCCAAAACAAAAAGCAAAGUAAAAGAAGAAGAGAAAGAGGAAGAAGAAGAAGCAGCGCAGCCGGAUUUGCAAAUAGUUGCCGCAGAACGAAGGACGAAUAGACAUUGCAACGAUGGCCUAUCGGAAGCCCAGCGACCUGGAUGGCUUUAUCCAGCAAAUGCCCAAGGCGGACAUGCGUGUGAAGGUACAGCUCGCCGAGGAUCUGGUGACAUUCCUUAGCGACGACACAAACUCAAUUGUCUGCACGGACAUGGGAUUCCUUAUUGACGGUUUGAUGCCAUGGCUGACGGGCAGCCACUUUAAGAUUGCACAAAAGUCCCUGGAGGCGUUCUCGGAGCUAAUAAAGCGAUUGGGCAGCGAUUUUAAUGCAUACACGGCUACCGUUCUGCCACAUGUGAUCGAUCGGCUGGGAGACAGCAGGGACACAGUCCGCGAGAAGGCGCAACUUCUGCUGCGCGACCUCAUGGAGCACAGAGUGCUUCCGCCCCAGGCGCUGAUCGACAAGCUGGCCACUAGCUGCUUCAAGCACAAGAACGCCAAGGUGCGCGAGGAGUUCCUUCAGACGAUUGUGAACGCUCUUCAUGAGUACGGCACCCAGCAGCUUAGUGUUCGCGUCUAUAUACCACCAGUUUGUGCACUUCUCGGAGAUCCCACAGUUAAUGUGAGGGAGGCGGCCAUCCAAACGCUAGUGGAAAUCUACAAGCAUGUAGGGGAUCGAUUGCGCCCAGACCUCCGUCGCAUGGACGAUGUUCCUGCCUCGAAAUUGGCUAUGUUGGAGCAAAAGUUCGACCAGGUCAAACAGGAGGGUCUACUGCUACCUUCAGCCCUUAAAAACACGAAUGGCAAUGGAGUGGGCUUGGACGAGGCCGACAAUAUUGGGUUGAGGGAGCGACCCACCAGGAUGAUUAAGCGGCCACUACACUCGGCCGUUUCGUCAUCACUGCGCCCAAAACCCAAUGUGAACGAUGUGACCGGUGAUGCCGGCGCCGUAACCAUGGAAUCUUUCGAAUCUAGCUUUGAGGUGGUCCCGCAAUUGAACAUCUUCCACGCUAAGGACAUGGACGAUAUCUACAAGCAAGUACUAGUGAUCAUCAGUGAUAAAAACGCAGACUGGGAGAAACGUGUGGAUGCUCUCAAGAAGAUCAGGGCAUUGCUCAUUCUCAGCUAUCACACUCAGCCGCAGUUUGUCGCUGUACAGCUAAAGGAAUUGUCGUUAAGCUUCGUGGACAUCCUCAAGGAGGAACUACGAUCACAGGUGAUCCGCGAGGCGUGCAUCACCAUCGCCUACAUGUCUAAGACGCUGAGAAAUAAACUAGAUGCCUUCUGCUGGAGCAUUUUGGAGCACCUGAUUAAUUUAAUACAGAACAGCGCGAAGGUCAUUGCAUCCGCUUCCACAAUAGCUCUGAAGUAUAUCAUUAAGUAUACACAUGCACCAAAGCUGCUCAAGAUCUACACAGACACUCUGAAUCAAUCAAAGUCGAAGGACAUAAGGUCCACACUGUGUGAGCUGAUGGUGCUGCUCUUCGAGGAGUGGCAGACGAAGGCGUUGGAAAGGAAUGCCACCGUACUAAGGGACACCUUAAAAAAAUCCAUUGGCGAUGCAGACUGCGAUGCACGCCGCCAUUCCAGAUACGCCUAUUGGGCUUUCAGGCGUCACUUUCCAGAGCUGGCGGAUCAAAUAUAUGGAACAUUAGACAUAGCUGCCCAGCGCGCAUUAGAAAGGGAACGAGAGGGCGGCGGAGGAGGAGGAACUGGUACUGGGACUGGGACUGCACCUGAAACGAGACGCACUGUAUCCCGCAUUGGCCGAACACCUGGAACCCUGCAAAAGCCCACGCCUAGUAUGAGAUCCAUUUCAGCGGUGGACACUGCGGCUGCUCAACGAGCCAAAGUUAGAGCGCAAUAUACACUAUAUUCCAGGCAAAGGAAACCUUUAGGACCUAAUAAUUCCAACCAGGCAUCGAUGACAGGAGCAGCAGCCAGUGGAUCACUGCCCAGACCUCGCCUGAAUUCCAAUAGCGGUGGCACACCAGCUACAACGCCGGGAUCGGUUACACCACGGCCCCGGGGACGGGCAGGAGUAUCUCAGUCACAGCCAGGAUCGAGAUCCACCUCGCCAAGCACAAAACUGAGGGAUCAGUACGGUGGUAUUGGUAAUUACUAUCGUGGGGCCACUGGCGCCAUACCCAAAAAGGCCUCCGGAAUACCCCGAAGCACAGCCAGCUCUAGGGAAACGAGUCCAACUAGGUCAGGUGGUGGCUUGAUGAAACGCAGUAUGUACUCUACAGGUGCGGGGUCUCGACGUACGCCCGAGAGGAACAACCCAGUAAGACCAUCGGCGGCGGCACGACUGCUGGCGCAAUCCCGUGAAGCAGAACAUACAUUAGGCGUCGGAGAUGAUGGACAGCCAGACUAUGUUUCCGGGGACUACAUGCGCAGCGGCGGAAUGCGGAUGGGUAGGAAGCUCAUGGGACGUGAUGAGUCUGAUGACAUCGACUCCGAGGCCAGUUCUGUGUGUUCAGAACGAUCUUUCGACUCCAGCUACACUAGAGGUAAUAAAUCGAACUACUCACUUAGCGGGAGCCACACCCGCUUGGACUGGAGCACGCAGCGGGCGCCAUUUGACGACAUCGAGACGAUUAUUCAGUUCUGCGCAUCGACGCAUUGGUCUGAAAGGAAGGAUGGCCUGAUCAGCCUCACACAGUAUCUGGCCGAUGGAAAGGAGCUCACUCAGCAGCAACUUAAAUGCGUUCUGGACAUGUUCCGCAAGAUGUUCAUGGAUACACACACCAAGGUGUACUCACUGUUUUUGGACACGGUCACCGAACUGAUUCUGGUUCAUGCGAACGAACUUCACGAAUGGCUCUUCAUCUUGUUGACGCGGUUGUUCAACAAACUGGGCACCGAUCUACUCAAUUCGAUGCACAGCAAGAUUUGGAAGACGCUACAGGUGGUCCACGAAUAUUUCCCCACGCAGUUGCAGCUUAAAGAACUAUUUAGAAUCAUAUCGGAUUCUACUCAAACGCCAACUACCAAGACGCGCAUCGCCAUUCUGCGCUUCCUUACGGAUCUGGCCAAUACAUACUGCAAAAGCAGCGACUUUCCCAGCGACCAGAGCCAGGCCUGCGAGCGGACGGUCCUAAAGCUGGCCCAGCUGGCGGCGGAUCAGAAGUCGAUGGAGCUGCGCUCCCAGGCCAGGAGCUGCCUAGUGGCCCUGUAUAACCUGAAUACCCCGCAAAUGACCCUUUUACUGGCCGACCUGCCAAAGGUAUAUCAGGACUCUGCCCGAUCCUGCAUCCAUUCGCACAUGAGGCGGCAAAGCCAAAGUUGCAAUUCGGGUGCCAAUUCGCCUAGUAGCUCUCCAUUGAGCAGUAGCAGUCCCAAGCCUUUGCAAAGUCCCUCUGUGGGUCCAUUUGCCUCGCUUCAGAGCCACCACCACCAACUUAGCAUCAGCUCUACUAGUCCACGCUCCCGGCAGUCUUCCGUGGAGCAGGAGCUGCUCUUUUCCUCGGAGCUGGACAUUCAGCACAACAUUCAGAAGACGUCGGAGGAGAUCCGGCACUGCUUCGGCGGUCAGUACCAGACGGCGCUGGCGCCCAAUGGCUUCAAUGGACACUUGCAGUAUCACGAUCAGGGCCAACAGGAUUCGUGUGCAUCCCUGUCUUCCAACUCCAAGACGCAAUCGUCGGCCAACACUACCCAGUCAAAUACACCUGAGUCAGCAACAAUGAGGCUGGAUAAUCUGGAGCGGGAAAGGACCACUCAGAACGCCAAGUCACCAACUGACGAUGCCAAGGUGAUCACGGUCUCGAUAAAUAUGGCUGAAAAUGGAGAGCUGAUACUGGCCAGCAACCUGAUGGAGAGCGAAGUGGUGCGUGUGGCCUUGACGCUAACAAAGGAUCAGCCCGUCGAGUUGCUUCAGACGUCACUUACUAACCUGGGGAUUUGCAUCAAGGGCGGAAACUGUGAGCUGCCCAAUAAGCACUUUAGAUCGAUCAUGCGAAUGCUGCUUAACAUUCUGGAGGCGGAGCAUACGGACGUGGUCAUCGCUGGCCUGCACGUGCUCAGUAAGAUUAUGAGGAGCAACAAAAUGCGUCACAACUGGAUGCACUUUCUAGAGCUGAUUUUGCUGAAGAUCAUCCAGUGCUAUCAACACAGCAAGGAGGCUUUGCGGGAUAUCGACUCGAUGAUACCAAGGAUAGCACCAUCCUUGCCUCUGGAUCUGUCCAUCAACAUUGUCAAUCCGGUAAUUGCGACGGGUGAGUUUCCCACAAAUUUGUGCGCCAUCAAGAUCCUGCUGGAGGUGACCGAACACCAUGGUUCGGAGAUCACAGACGCCCACUUGGACAUUGUGUUCCCCAAUCUGGCGCGAUCGGCGGACGACACGCAAUCGAUGGUUCGCAAAGCGGCGGUCUUCUGCAUCGUAAAGCUGUACUUUGUUCUGGGCGAGGAGAAGGUCAAGCCGAAGCUGUCAGUGCUAAAUCCCAGCAAGGUUAGGCUCCUCAACGUGUACAUCGAGAAGCAGCGGAACUGCAUCAGUGGGGGAGGAAGCUCUACCAAGAACUCCUCCGCGGCAUCGUCGUCAUGAUUGCGGGAGCCCUUAAUAGGAUUCCUGCAUCAGCACCACCACAAACAAGACACAGACGCGGUUGCUUCCCUCGGCCUGAGAAGGAAGUGAGGAGCGGCGGACAUUAAAUAAUAUAUUAUUACAUUAACUAAUUAUUUAUAACUAAUUAUUACCGAUCAUCCGUUACUUGUGUAACUGCUCGAUGCAUAUAUUCAGCAGAUGCAAAUGCGGCCCGAAAGAAAGUCAAGGGCCAUCGCCCAUCUAAUGUGAGCAGAAAAACUAUUUAUACAUAAACGGGAACUAAAGCGAGUAAAUCCGCAAAGUGUACUAAAAUUGUAGCCAACUCCGCAAUCCUCACUUCUCACAUCAGUUGUACGUCUUUUUACCAGCUCCUAACUAUUAACGCUGAUUCUGUUUAAUUUGUAAGCCUAUAUACCGCUCUUUAUGGAAACUCAGACGUGUGCUUUUCUACCUUUGUUUCAGGCGACUUUGUAUCCUUAUUUCGUUUCCGCUCAACUAAAUUCUAAUUACUAUUAUUAAUACGAUUCUGCUCUUACAACUGAACUAUUUUUGUAAUUAAUUUAAAUACACAAGCCCACACAAAGGAUUAAAAUCAAUAAAAAACACUUAUAGGUUAUGUAAUAAUAUUUAUAAAUUAAUUAAACGAAUAAAACAGUUAAACAAAAGUCCC